AGCCGCUCCGGAAAAUAGUUCCGAAAGAGCUAGAAUUAAAAAUCAAUUAACUCGGCUCCAAAAAGAAAAGUUUGAAAAGGGGGAUUGUGGGUAUUUUACCAAAAAAGACAUUAAAGACGAAGAAUUUUUUCAACGCUUACAAAACCCGACCGGUUCAGCCACCAACCCCGCCCAUUUAGCCAGUUCAAUUAAGGAGGAAAAAGAAAUUAAAGAAGCGAUUGCUAAUUUGCCUCGUAAACGCCAAGAACCAUUGGACAUAGAUAAAAUAACUACUCGAAUGGUGCGAGUUAAGCGAAAAGAUUUAUCCGCGGCUGAUUUUGACGAAAUAAUUAGUUUAAUUCGCCAAGUCAAAAACUUUUUAGAGGAAAAAGAUAAGCAAGAACGGCAAAACACUGAAAAUAUAAAAUUGAAUAACCCGCACUUAUUCACCCAAUGA